CACGCAUUGUGGGACCCCCACUUCUGGCUUAUGAGAGAUACAUCUAAUAUGAAAAAUAUAUAAAAAUACGGAUUGCCUAUUGGGAAACUAUAAUCUUGUGGUAAACAAACUUCUCAACACAAGAGUUUCUUUCUCUAGCUUACAAGGAAGCCUCAAGUUUAUCUGUGAACAGAAUCGGCGUCCGCCAAAAUGUCUUCAUCCGAGACAGAGGCAAUCACUUCUGUUCUCCACGCCUACGGAACAGCUCUAAAAGACCGAAAUGUCAAGCAGACAGUCGCACUCUACACCAACGAUGGCGUAAUAAUGCCCCCCCACUUUAGCGCCAGCGCAGGCACGGAAGCUCUCACAGAAACCUAUGAGCGAAUCUUUAACAGCAUUCAACUCACCAUCACCUUUGGUAUCGACGAGAUUGUUGUGAUGUCGCCAGAGUGGGCUUUUGCAAGGACAACAGCAGAGGGUACAAAGACUAUGCUGCAGACCCAAACAUCAGAGCCUCAUUCCAACCAAGAGCUGUUCAUUCUGAAGAAGGUGGACGGGAGCUGGAAAAUAGCGCGAUAUGCUUUUUCUACAAUGAAACCACUUGUGCAGGAUGGUAUUCGGCGGAGCUGAGCGAGAUGUCCACCAGUCAGAGGCUCAGAGAUAGUGAUUAGACCUGAUCGGAAGUCCUCAAUAAAUAUGUUUAU